UCGUGUUGUAUUAAUAGAACACGUAGCUGCUGCCGUCGCCGCCGUCAUGAGGAUUUACUUAAUCGGGUCAGGCCUGUGUAUAGCCACGGUGGCCGCUUGUAUGGACGCGACCGGCCGUGAAUGCGGAGAUCUGGGUCCGCCGCCGUCCAUACUGGACAUGCCGCCGCCUCCGAUGCCAUCGUUUUUGGCCGCCGUCUUGAACGAUCAGUCGGGAAGCAAUGAAUCAAACUCGCCGAACAAAGAUAUGUUGAUGGAAACCAACGAACUGGAACCUGGCAAACCGUGCAAAGCCAUGUGCGAUACUGACCAAGGGGUGGGUUUUGUCGAGUUGCCGCAACAAGGGCCUAUCAUCGAGACUUACUCCUGGUGGAUGUUGCUGUCCACAUGCCUACUCGGAGUGAUGUUGAUCGGGACAGUGAUACUAGUGGUAGUCGUCCGGCUGAGAGAUAAAAAACGUUGGAGCAAAUCGGACUUCAGUCCGGAGCCAAAGAAGAGCCCGCCGCUGUACGACACGAUCGACAUAUCGCCGAAGACGUUUUGGGCCACGCUGUCGCCCACGGGCAACAUCGACACGACGGCCACGACUCGGCGACCGGUGCACCACCACCCGCAGACCAUCGCCAACCCGAACUUCGAGAACGGCGCCUACUAUCCGUACGAGCAGCAACACGAAUACCAGCAGAUCAACACCAUCCGCCGCGCCAUGCCCGAGUACCAGACGAUCAGACCGCACGUGUCGUCGCCCACGCGCAUCGAACAUCCUAACAUGCCGCCGCUGAAUCUGUACAGAUCGAUUCGCCGGAUAUCCGAUUUGGAAUCGCCGUGAUCCGGCCACGCGGUCCCCGACAACCGCAAUCGAUGCGAUAUCGUGUGCGCGCUACGCGACAACAGUAAAACCUCGCUAAGACGGAAUCGCUCGGGACCGGAUAAAAUAUUUUUCGGUCACAUCACCGACGCGGUUUCCGACAUGUUAGGGGGGAGAGGGGGGUUCAUAUCCGUUAUGCAUCCGAAUCGGGACCAAUCGUGGAAUAUUAUUGUCCUCCGUUUGUUUCCGUCUUACCGAAGUUUUKCUGUAUCUAAUAAUAUACGUACGGAGUGUAGUCAUCACUGUGUGUACGUAUAAUAAAUUAUGCGUUUUAGAAAUCCCGCAGGAGGCCGACGACAAUAUUAUUUAAUUACAUUAUAUCAUACUUCAUAAAGUAUUUCCCCCGCGAGCGCCGAACCCGCGGCUACCGCCUCUGGUGUUAUAGGUGUCGUCCAAAGUUUUUUUUUUCUUUUCUGAAGUCCCGGAAGUCUUAUUGGUAUUCACAUUAUUAUAUGUAAUAAACAUAAUGACUUAGGUGAUUUAUUUUAAUGUGGUAUGACCCGAAAUCGUUUUCAUUUGACGACCACGCUCUAGCCGUGCAUGAUAUCACAAUAGUACAUUUGACAGGGAAAGAAUCGAUUCCUAUAUAGAUGACRCUCUACUCGCGUACCGCCGUUAUAUUUUAUAGUCCAAAUAUAUUUUAUAUUGUACCUGUAGGCGAUAAGUAGUACACAUAAUAUGCAAAUAUAUACAUAUCUACAGUAUAUAAUAUAUAUUAUGUAUAUAGGAGGUUUACUAAUAUCGCAGAAUCUAAAAUGUGUACAUCUAGAAGUCUCCCCGAAAAUCGAAUAUUCAUAAUAUAUUUUUUCUUCUUGUUUAUCUACACAUACUUUUUCGCGUUUUCAACGAAUUCAAUCGUUCGGAAUAAUCGCACGGGCACGGUAAACAUGACACAAUGGGAAGAAAUGCAUUGCAAGAAACGUUAUAAAUCAGCAUAUUAUUGUACCUUAUUGUGCCGUGUUCAAAAUUGAACGACGUGAUUAUUUUUUAUUUUUUUUUUUUUUACACACCAGUAACUCCCAUUAUAUAAAUCAUAUGGCGUAUAGGGUGGAAUGUAAACACCGAAUUUUAUGUUUUAUUUUUGAACAGUGUUCAGCUUAACAUACGUCUUUGGUACGUCGAAUGCUAAAAAAUGCGUUUGUACAUAAUUAUAAUAUUAUGUAUACAUAUUACAUAAACAUUUUGCAACCAAUGGUGAAAAUCCGCGGGUUUUGUUUUUUUUUGUUUUGUUCUUUUCAAGUUUCAAUAUUAAUAUUUCUACCACCAAACCGUCUAGUCCUUAAGCUAAGUACCUACUUUUAGUUGAACGACAUUACGAGCCCACUAUGCUAAUGGCAUAAUUUUAUAGCUGUUGACCAUUUUAUACACCGCGGAAAACAGCCGGGGAGACCGCACAAUAUUGACUUAUCGUAUAUAGAUAUUGAUUGUAGCUGAUGUGAACUAUAAAAUUACCAAUAGACGCGACGCUCCUUUACCAUUACAUACCUGCAAUGACUGAAAUAUUUUUUUUAAUACAAAUCCAAUCUCUUGUCAAUACUUUAAACAUGCUUUAUGAUGGUUUUCAUCCAAGUAUUAUUUAAGACUUUAUUUCACGCAUUAUUAUUACAUAAUAAUAAUGCCGAUUGUAAUUUUUGUUCUAACUGUAUUAUGUAUUCAGCUGUUAUAUUGUUUUUGUUG